AUGAAGAUGACACCUCACUCACUGAAUUAAAUUAUCCAGGAAGAAGAGAAAGCAAAGCAAACCCCCAUUUGUUUCUAGAAAUUGUAAAAAGAAAAACCCUUCUCUCCACCACAUUCAUCAUCAUCAUCCAUUCUCCCAUCUCGGUCUCUGAUCUCGUGUCGGGUCAAAUGGGGGACAACAACCUCAACCACCACGAAGCCGCCGACAGCAGCGAUUUCACCUCCGAGGACGAAGGAACCGAGGAUUACCGACGCGGCGGCUACCACCCUGUCCUCAUCGGCGACGCCUUCAAAGCUGGCCGCUAUGUUGUUCAGAGCAAGCUCGGUUGGGGCCAUUUCUCCACCGUCUGGCUCGCUUGGGACACCCAUCAUUCUAGGUAUGUGGCUUUGAAAGUUCAAAAGAGUGCUCAGCAUUACACCGAGGCAGCGAUGGAUGAGAUAACGAUUUUGCAGCAGAUUGCUGAGGGAGACCCGGAUGAUAAAAAGUGUGUGGUGAAGCUUUUGGACCAUUUCAAGCAUUCUGGUCCAAAUGGACAGCAUGUUUGCAUGGUGUUUGAGUACCUUGGGGACAAUCUCUUGACUCUUAUUAAGUAUUCGGAUUAUCGCGGGAUGCCUAUCAACAUGGUUAAAGAGAUAUGCUUUCAUAUUCUGGUUGGAUUGGAUUACUUACAUAAGCAGCUUUCUAUCAUACAUACUGACUUGAAACCUGAAAACAUCCUCCUCCUGUCGAUGAUAGAUCCGUCUAAGGACCGUAUAAAGUCCGGUGCUCCUCUUAUUCUUCCGAAUACUAAAGACAAGACGGUGCUGGAGUCAGCGGCUGCAAAAGACACAAAAACAGCAAAUGGGGAUUUGAUUAAGAAUCAUAAGAAAAAGAUUAAAAGAAAGGCUAAGCAAGCAGCUCAUGGAUGUGUUGAGAAGGAGGCUUCUGAAGGAGUUGAGGGUAAUCCUGAAACCUCCGGUGCUGUAGCAUCUUCUCCAAAUGCAAGUUCUGCAAGAGAACAAGCUUCUAGCGCUGCAGGUACCAGUAGGUUGUCAGAUGCUGAUGGAACAAAGGUAAAAGAUCAGGGCAACAAAAGAGGUAGCCGGUCCAUGAGACAGAAACUUAUGGCUUCAAUUGAUCUCAAGUGCAAGUUAGUAGACUUUGGUAAUGCUUGCUGGACAUAUAAACAGUUCACAAAUGAUAUCCAGACAAGACAAUAUCGGUGCCCAGAGGUGUUACUUGGAUCAAAAUAUUCUACAUCUGCAGAUCUUUGGUCCUUUGCUUGCAUUUGUUUUGAGCUUGCGACUGGAGAUGUAUUAUUUGAUCCUCACAGCGGUGACAACUUUGACAGGGAUGAGGACCACUUAGCAUUGAUGAUGGAACUUCUCGGAAUGAUGCCACGUAAGAUUGCACUAGGGGGCCGUUAUUCGCGUGAUUUCUUUAACAGAUAUGGUGACUUGAGGCACAUACGUCGGUUGCGAUUCUGGCCCUUGAAUAAAGUCCUCAUGGAGAAGUAUGAUUUUAGUGAGCAAGAUGCAAACAGCAUGACUGACUUUUUGGUUCCUAUCCUUGACUUUGUUCCUGAAAAACGGCCUACAGCUGGUCAAUGUCUGCUACAUCCAUGGAUCAAUGCAGGCCCACGUCUUUUGGAGCCGUCAAUGCCUUCUUCCAAUCACAACCCUGCUGCUGAAACAGCUAUUUCUGACCAGAAGAAAAGGGACAAAGAUGAGAGGGAAGCCAUGGAGGCAGGAAUGGGGAACAUUGCCAUCAAUUCAGAAUCUAAACCACUCAUGCACUCUCCAUCUAAGAGAGCCUUCCAAGGCAGCCACAAGUAGUUCAUCUUGCUAGAGCUCUUUCCUGUGUGACUGUUUCUGUGUUCUAAGCAUGCCCCUGCAUCGUUUCGAUCAUUCAAUGAUGUCUAUAGGAACUGUUUUGGGGACAUGUUUAUUUAGCCUCGGAUUGGUUUCUGGAACUGCAUGAAUCGAUGGGGUUGCGCUUGAUAGGCGCUAGGUGGAGCUAAUCCUUUUGAAGUCUUUGGCAUAGCAUGAGUAGUUGGAUACUCCAAGAGAUCCUACUAUUAAGAAUACUAUGAUGUAUGUAUGUUCCUUGUUUCUCAUGCUUGUGAUAGGUCAAAGAUGAUGUUGGGGCCUUUGCUCCUUGUUACCCGUACUUAUUUGUGAAGGGUUGUUCAUUGUCAUGUACUCUAUGUUCUAAACGAUAUUCUUGAUAUGAGAACAUUGUAGACAUGCUUCAAGUC